CGCUGGUGGCCGCGCCUAGAGCACUCCCGGAACUGAAGCUGGGCGCUGGGCCCUCAGGAGGCGGGGGCCACGUCAGCUGGGCGGCGGGGCUUGUCCAGGAGCCGGUGGGGAGCCGGCGGGCGGGAGAGUGCCAUGCGGCGGGGCGCGCUCCUAGCGGGCGCCCUGGCCUCCUACGCCGCGUACCUGGGGCUGGGCGCGCUGCUGAUGGGACGUCUGGAGGGACCGCACGAGGCUCGGCUCCGCGCGGAACUGAAGAUGCUGCGGGAGCAGCUGCUGCGGCGAAGCCCGUGCUUGGCCGCCCCCGCCCUGGACGCUUUCCUGGAGCGGGUGCUGGCGGCCGGGCGGCUGGGGCGCACUGCCUUCGCCAACGCUUCGGGGCCCGCUAACGCCUCGGACCCCGCCUGGGACUUUGCCUCUGCUCUCUUCUUCGCCAGCACACUGGUCACCACCGUGGGCUAUGGGUACACGACGCCACUCACUGAUGCGGGCAAGGCCUUUUCCAUUGCCUUUGCGCUCCUGGGCGUGCCAGCCACUAUGUUGCUGCUGACUGCCUCAGCCCAGCACCUGUCUCUGCUGCUGACCCAUGCACCCCUGUCCUGGCUGAGCACACGCUGGGGCUGGGACUCCCACCGGACAGCCCGCUGGCACCUGGUGGUUCUGCUGGGGAUCGUGGUGGCCAUCUGCUUCCUGGUGCCAGCUGCAGUCUUUGCCUACCUCGAGGAGGCCUGGAGCUUCCUGGAUGCCUUCUACUUCUGCUUCAUCUCUCUGUCCACCAUUGGCCUGGGUGACUACGUGCCUGGGGAAGCCCCUGGCCAGCCCUACCGGGCCCUCUACAAGGUGCUAGUCACAGCCUACCUCUUCCUGGGCCUGGUCAUCAUGGUUCUGGUGCUGCAGACUGUCCGCCACGUGUCUGACCUUCACGGCCUCACAGAGCUCAUCCUGCUGCCCAGUCCAUGCCCUGCCAGCGUCAAUGAGGAUGAGGAUGAUCGGGUAGACAUCCUGGGCCCCCACUCAGAACCACACCAACAACUCACCACCAGCUCCCACACCGACUAUGCCUCUAUCCCCAGGUAGCUGGGAUAGGCACCUUGAGGCUGGAUGGACCUGGACUGUGGCUGAGGAGCCACAUGGUCAGCUGACGUGCACAUGCCAGUGCUCGUGAGCACCCUGCCACCAACUGUUCAUCCUUUGUCGUACCUGUCCUGGGCUCGCCCAGCACCUGCGUUACCUUAUUGUCUUGGCCCCUACUCUCAUCUCCCCCACACUCUGUGCCUCUUUGGCUUUCUUACCAUUUCUGUCUUUCCCUCUCACUGUUUCUUUGUUUCUCACUCUUUUAUUCCGUCUGCUUCUCUCAGCAACUUACUAUCUAUGGUUCUGCCAGACUCUGGGCUCAGACCUCAUUUUGGCCACUAGAUCGAUUGGCCACUACACCAUGGACAAGUGACAGCUCUCUCUGAGCCUUGAUUUCUUUAUCUGUCAAGUGGAAAGAAUAGAGGAUGGGGCAAAAGUAGGUUUAUAGUUGUUGGUAUGGAAAAUAGUACAAUGAAUAAAUAGUAACACAAGGAUAAACUGUUUCGUGUAUUCACAACUGUCAACCUACUUUUGCUCCACCCUGUAUAUUACUUCAUCUCAAACCCUCUCUUCUCUGCUGGGCAGUGCUAGACACACAGUAAUGGCCAAGGCAGAUGGGCCCCACUCUGGAAACAGAAUCCCUGUCUGGAUCCAAAUGGCAUGGAAGGCGCUGUUCUUAGCCACGACAGAAUUGUAUCAGCUGUCCCCAUUUACCGAGCACAAAGUGCAUAUUGUGUGGGUUCUGGAGCCAGCCUUUGCCUGCUUGGAUGCAAAUCCCAGCUAGUUGCAUACUGCCCAUCUCCAUGGGCAGUCAUUUUCCUCAAGAUUCUUGGUCCCUCAUCUGUCAAAUGACAAUAAUAAUAGUACUCACUUCACAAGAUGACUUCACAGAGCUUGCCAAGUUUUUCUGCAAUGCUUUCUUUGGCCAGGCCCUGUCCUGGGUACUUUACCUAUACGAGGAAGACAAUAUUAUCCCCUUUCCACAGGUGAAGAAACUGAGGUACGGGCAGGGGAGGUUCCUUGUCUUAGACACAGAGCUAGGAGGUGAUUGAUUUUUCUGUUUACUCCCCCCAAAUUUGUUCCCUCCAAAAUGGUAUAUCAGUAAUAGCACUUACUGCCAAAGACCCAAUUACCAAGCUGCUACCUCUUUCAAGCCCUGUGGAGGUGGCAUCUUAGCUGGGCCUUGGUACUAGACAAGGGAAAGGGCAUGGGGAGGGCAUCCCAGGCAGGAGAAACCAUGUGUGCAAAGGCAUGGAGGUUGGAAAGCAUGUUGGACACCAGCUUCUGUGAGUAGGGAGUGAAUGGGGGAAGCAGGGUGGAGUGGUUGACAUGGGCACCUCUAAAGUGUCCCUAAAUGACCAGCUUGGGAAACUUAGCUUCUUUGAGGGUACCAGAGAAUCAUGGAAGUUUUUUGAGGGGUGAAGGUAAUGGUUAGGUUCAUGCCUUAAAAAGAUCCCCUGGCUUCUCUGUGGAUGUAGGUCAGAGGGGGAGAUAAAGGCCGGGUGCUCAGAGAAGGCUAGGGCAGGAACAAGGUAGGAAGCAACGGGGCUGGGAAGAGCCAAAGGCAGGAGGUGCAGGUGGAGGGAUGCUCAGGAGGUCAAGUGGACAGGCCAUAGGCCUUAUAGACUUGGGUGGGGGGUAGACAAGGCCAGGGAGGGGACCCAAGGGAUGGUCAGCUGCCCUUGAGAUGAAGACUCGGAGAAAGAACACGUUAGACAGGCGAUGCUGAGGCUAGUUUGGAACAUGAAUGAGGGGCUAAAGACACCCAGAGGAAAGUGUUAGGAGAUUACAAAAUCCCCAGGGCUGGGGCCCGGAGUGGUUGAGGCUAGAGACAGGUGCGGAAACCAAGGCCAGUUGAGAAAAGGAGACCCAGAGAGGUUAGAUAAUUUGCCCAGUUUUGCACACAGGGAGUGCAAAACUGGGGUGUGCAAAACUGGGGUGUGAGCAAGGUUUGGGUUGGUCACUUUGUCCCAUGGGAGCUCAGAAACAUCUGCUGUCUAGCUCUUUCUCAGCUUCCUAGUCUUCUGCCUCCUCACCCCGGUCCUUGUCGACCUUGCUGCUGAAGUCAGCAGCUGGCUGGGGAGGCAAUUGUUUCCCCCCUUUUUGAGGGAGGUACUGAGACUUAUGCUCGUCACUGCUACUUCCAAAUUUCUCUAGAAAAAAGAAAUCAGGCCCUGUUCUUUGACGACUUUAAAAGAAAAAAAUGUGCAUGCUGAAAAUUCAAAAGCUACAAAAGAGUGUACAGUGGAAAGUCAGUCUCCAGCACUCAGGCUGUGUUGACUGAUUUCUCAGGUCUCCUUCCAGGCAAGUACCAGCAAUAUACAUGUGUGUGUAUAUGUGGCAUUUUCCUUUCACUCUACACAAGUGAUAACUAGUAUGGUGAGGUGGUUCCCAUUACAGACUCUGGAGGCAAAAUCCCUGGGUAUAAUAAAUCUGAGCUCUGUCACUCCCAGUCAGGGCGUGUGAUUUGGCCUCCCUGUGACAGAGUUUGCCAGUCUGUGAAAUGGGAGGUUAACAGCACCUACCUCAUCAAUUUGUUAGAGAAUUAAGCAACUUGAUAUCUGUGAAGCUCUUAGAACAGUGUCUGGUAUUCAAUAAAAUGUUGGCUGAUCAUUAUCAUCA